UAUAAGGGAUUAAGAGGAUUUUAACGAGAUACUGAGGAAAGGAGAUACUUUUAAGGAGAUACUGAGGGUUUUGAAGAUUAAAUUGGAUACCGGUGGAUGUGUAAGGAGUAAGAUCAAUAUCCUGAGAUAUAUGAGGAUUAAGCGAGAUAUCUGGGGAUUUUUAGGGAUAUACAAGGAUUUUAAAGGGAUAGGGGGAUAUAUUUAUUCAAUAUUUUUGGAAAUUUUGCAUAUUUCAUUCAUAUUUUGGGACUUUUAUGUGCAUAUUUUGCGAUUUUGCGUGCAUUUUUUCCCUGCCCUGAUUAUAAGAUAUUUUUAA